AUGCCUGCACUAAAACGCAACAAAGCUAGCUUGAUAUUGCUGGGAAUUUCAUCACUUGUAGUCCCAAAUGCCGGAUUUGUCCCGAGGCAAAUGGGUACCCAUUUGAAUGGUUUGCAAUUGCAGGAAUCCACUCCAGAGAUAAAUCCAGAUGCCUGGGUAGAGCCAGAUGCCUCUCUAGGGAUAGUUCCAGAAGAAGAAGAGAGAGAAGUCGACUGGGGACUAGGUGGUGUUCGACUAGCACAAGAGAGUGCCAUCAAAAUUACUGGAGAGAUCACACACAAGCCAGGAAAAGCCGAUGCCCAACCGAUGGAACUCCUUAGGUAUACAGCACUCAACAAAGUUGAAGAAUCCACAGUAAAGUCCGUCAUGGACAAGACUGGUUCAAAAAUCAUAUGCUCGGGACAAGGCGUAGAAGAGUACAAAGACCCUGGAGAUUCGUUGGAAAAAGUUGUCAUUUUGGCGCCAAUGGAAGCCAUCAAGGAUGCAUUUACAAAUGCAGGUCCAGCCAUCGACUGUGAAACACUUGUAUUCAAUUUCCUUGGUGGUGACGAUCUAAUGAUGGGAGAAGUCUUGGAUGCCGCGAAAGAAAUGGUUGUGAUGAUGGACAUUGCCACAAAAGCAAAGAUCACUUUCAAUUCCUUGUGCCACAUGUCAAUUCCUUGUGGAACCUGUGCAGUCACCGUCGUAUCACUCGGCAAAAAUGACUAUGAAGGAUCCAAUGAUUUAGAAAAGUCGAUCGUUUCUGGCGAAGUCUACCUGAGAGAUGGAACAUACAUGACAGUCCAAGAAUCAGACAUAAACACAGCCCUAGCAUAA